UUGGUUGCUUGGUGUGAGGAUGUGUGUGUGCACAGUGUGCGUUGAUGUGUGUUAUUAAAAGAUCUGAUGACUCCGGUCAGCUGAAGCCCUGAACAUCACGGAUGGGCCUCAGGACACACCUGCAACAUGGGUUCAAGGAUAAAGAAAAACCCUGACAAAACCUUCUACUGGCUCUUUCAAGCCUCGUCUCCAAUUGCCAGAGAUAAAGAUCCUGACGUGUUGUACCAGUUCCCUGAAGACUUCAGUGAUGAGGAAUCUCUGAGGUCCUUACCACGCUUCUGCUUUCCCUACGACAUCGAGAGGGUGAAGGACACUGUUGCCGUGCAGCACUUCACGUUUGUCUUGACAGAUCUGGAGGGAUGUCAGCGUUUUGGAUUCUGCAGACUCACGACCAGCUCUCAGACGUGCAUGUGUAUACUCAGUUAUUUGCCGUGGUUUGAGGUCUUUUACAAACUUCUGAACAGUCUAGCAGACUACAUGACUAAAGGACAGACCAACGAGAUGACAGAACUCCUGUCUCUGCUGCACAAUCACCCUGUACCGCCAGCCAUCGGAUCAAUCACUUUACAGAUGGGAGGGAAGCUACAAAUCCGCAGUGAGAUGCCUGGCAUAUGUGGACACACUCCAAUAGGGGAGGAGUCAGAGGGGAUCCCAUACUUUAUUGCUCCAGAUCCCAAAGCCCUGCCUUCUAUUCCAGAGAAUAGGAAUCUGACCGAGCUGGUGGUCGCAGUGGACGUUGGAAAUCUCCUGCAGCUUUACGCCAGCAUGCUGUUUGAGAGACGCAUUCUCAUCUACUGCAGUAAACUCAGCACACUUACAGCCUGCGUGCACGCGUGUAAUGGAAUGCUCUUUCCCAUGUACUGGCAACACAUCUUCAUUCCCGUCCUUCCACCGCACCUGCUGGACUACUGCUGUGCCCCGAUGCCGUACCUCAUUGGAGUCCAUUCCAGCCUGGCCGAGAGAGUGAAGAGUCGAGCUUUGGAAGAUGUGGUCACUAACGUAGACACAAACACUUUGGAGUCGCCCUACCAGGACCUGAAAAAGAUCCCAGCUGAUGUGGUGGCAGGACUGAAGGUCAGGCUGAAGAAACAGGCAGCGCUGGUGGGCUCGGGGGUUUCUCGUGCUUUUCUCAGAUCUCAGGCUCUGCUGUUCGGAGGCUACAGGGACGCUUUACAAUGUGCUGAUGAAGGGCCGGUCGUGUUCUGUAAGGAGAUAUUCCUGAACCAUAAGUCUCAAAGUAUGAAGGAGUUUUUAGAAAGCGCUGUUCACCUUCAGUGUUUCAAAGAGUUUAUUGAUGGCCGGCUGGAAAUGCUGAACCAAGGCAAAGAGCUGGAUGAUGUGUUUGAAGAAGAGGUUCUGCAUUUUGAAUCUUCAUCAGCUGGUUCUAACUUGUGUCGGCAUUUGGUUGGAAAUUUGAAGAAAGGGGGUGGAGCCUUGAUUGUGACAUGCAAGUCUACAGCUAACAAAGCAACUAAAUAUCACAACAAAUUUGGGCUGAAAAACCUUCUGUCGUCAAAGGUUCACACUGAAUCCCACAUGUUGCAGAGAGGAGGGUCCGUUUGUGGGCCGCACACGUAUCGCCUCAUCCAAUCAGAUUCCCUACAGAACCGGCUACCGAUCACGCAGCACUUUGGGAGGUCUCGGCCACGUCGGCCAGCACGCAAGCACCCCGCCAAACACCAUGACCAAAAGACGCAGGACAUCCACCACAGCACCUGUGAGGACGGUGCAACAGAGGAGCCCGAGCUGUGUUCCGGAUCUAGCCAGUUACCGGAAGACGAUGAUCUUUCUCUCAUGUCGGAUGCAGAAGAGAUGGACCUGCUCGGAGAGAUCUUCGACACUUUGAACACUCAGAGCUCCAGAGAACCGGGCUUACUGUACAGCACACGCAGUCUGGACUUCUUCGGCUCAGACAGCAGUGAAUUCAUCUCACGUAGGAGUCUGGCCGCACCCAGUCAGGAGAGUCUAAGUCCUUCUGUCGGAAACAGCGAGAGUCUGAUGAGCUGGGAGGAGGAGCUAGAGGAGGGGUCGGGCCAUCAGAGGGAGGAGUCUGAAAUCUUGAUCGACCCACCAGAAAAGUCUAAGUCAAGCUUCAAGGAGUUAGAGGAAAGUUUGUGUUCAGAUGUACCAAGUUUAGGAGAUGCGUCUUUGGACCUAAAGGUGGAUUGUAAAGAGGAGCCUCUCUGGUUAACACAAGACGGAGUAAAUGGAACAGUGGAUGAGUGUGAGGAAAGUUUGGAUAUGGGGACAGUGGUUGAAGAGAAGCCGGUGGAAAUGAAGAUGCAAGCAGACAACAAACAAGAAACAACAGAGGAUGAUGUAGAUGAACAUCACAAUGAGGACUUGAGAACCUCAGAGCACACUGAGGCGAAACAAAAGCUGUUUCAAGAAGCCACAACUGAAAGAUACUCCCCCGUAUCUGUCAUUGUAGAGGAGAGGUCAGAUAAAACGGCAGAUGAUGUGAAGGUCGAACGUCCAUCACCUAGCACGUCAGCUACCGUAGCUCUGUUCCAGCCGCAAGUCUCACAGUCCAGGUCCUCGACUGACUCUUCAGUGCUCCGCACUAGUUUCAGAGGACAAGAUUCUUCACGAGAAACUGCUUUGAGAAGUCACAAGGUCCAUGUGGCAUCCAGAAUGCCAGCAGCGGGCACGCACACAGAUGAACAAAGUUCAAGACCACCUCCAAUACAGUUGCUAGAUGAAGAGCAGGACAAGGCGCCAGUUAAAGUCUCAGAGUUGAAGAAGAGAUUUGAAUAUUAACACAACAAUAAACCAAGUGUAUUCGAGUGUAACGAUACCACAAUAUAAAAAAAUCUGUCAUCGUUUGUUCACCCUUGUGUGGUUGAAAACCUGCAAGGGACCCUUGCUUCAGAUGAAGAUCAAAGAAGAUAUUUUGAGAAACGUCUUCAAACGUCUUUGUGUUCUGCAGCUUAUGAUGACGUUUCAUGUUUUUCUUUGGAUCAGCUUGAAGUUAUGAAUUGUGUGCAACUAUUGGGCCGAUUUUGAUUUCAUGCUGACAUACGUUUUAAAUAAACCCUGCACAAAUAAAAUGCGUCUAACCCCA